UCUUGCUGCCUUGCAAAAAGCAAAAGACUUUUGAACUUUUCCAGUUUAUUGUUUUCCGUCAAUCAUUUGUCGCAGUCACCGUCACGGCCUCAUUUAAUUAUUGUACUAGUAACUUCUCCAGUAUUUUUUAAAGAAUCUUCUGCAUUUUCUCUCAUCCGCUCCACUGACCCAGGCCGGUGUUUGACAAUCCCCUGCUGCAGUCAAUUUUCCCUCUGGCAGUUCGGACUGAUCUCGGUUUCUCGACAUCAGCAACCCUACCAGUCGUCUCACUUCUGGAAUUUGUGAACCCCUGCUUCUUCGUUGGCUGCUUUACUUCCAUGUCGCAAUCAAUCUACAGCGCCAAGGUCUUCAAGCCCAAACCCCCCGACAAGGGCAGCUUCCCGCUGGACCACGAGGGGGAGUGCAAACAGAACAUGACGGUGUUCAUGCAGUGUUUGAAAACCAACGGGUACGACAACAGUCAGUGUCGCGUGGAGGCCAAGAACUAUCUCGAUUGUCGCAUGCAGAAGGAGCUCAUGGCCAAGGAGGAAUGGAGCAAACUCGGAUUUGCCGAUCUCACCGAGAAUCCUGCGAAUCCCCCGGAAAAUCCCACAAAUCCCUGACAGUGUCUCCUUGUAUGAUGAAUGGUGUACAGGGAUGUUGCGUUUGAAUGAAAAAAUCGGAAAAAAUGUUGCGGAAAAAUACGCAGAUAAUUUGCUGUUUUUAUGUAAAUUAUAAAUAAAUACAAAACAUCUGUUUUUGUGUGGGUCGGUGUGUGCUUUUUUAAUAUCAUGUGACAUAAGAUUUUUAUGUUGUGUUUUUCCGUUCGCAACAAAUUGA